AUGGGCAAAAAGCGUCCAAAUGAGGAAGCGUUGAAGCUCAACGCGGCGGCCAAGAAGUCAAAAAUGACGACUGAGUUCAACGGGACUCUUUUUAAAAGCAUGCUGAAGGAUCCCACCUCAGCCAUCAAAGCACUGAGGACCUUCGUAGUGUGUGCCAAGAAGCUUCCGUCCUCUGAGCUGUACGACGUGGUGGAAGGUUACAUGAAAAUCUCCAUGGAAUGUGCCGAAAUAUUUCAAUUGCUGCAAGGAGAGAAGCAAACGGAGCAAGAGUUGGAGCUGAUUUUUGAGAGUCUGGAGGCCAUUCUCUUGAGGACGGCCAGCGACCUAUCUCACUUCAACAUGGUGGGCAACGCCAUCGUCAAAAAGAUCCUUUCCGGCCACAUGAAGCUCAUUCAAGGCUGCUUUCAUUCGGUAAAUCACAGGUUGGUCCGGCAAUGUCUGAGUCUCCUGUCCGCUUCGACAUCUCAAGGCCCCGAAGCUGCCAGGGAAGUCCUAAGUCACAUUUACAUGAAUAAAUCCAUUUCUGGCCUGGCAAGAAGGAAAGAUAAGACGGGAAAACCCGACGUCCGUAUGGCCUUCAUCCAGUUCGCGCUGUCCUUUUUGGUGUCCGGGGACAACGCCACCGUUGGACAGAUCCUAGAAGUUAAAGAGCUCCUGCCCGAGAUUCUCGGCACGGGGCUAAAGGAGGACAGGAUGUCGCUCGUCAAUCUCAUCUUGUCGACGCUAAAGAGCAGAGUUGUAUUAAACAAGGCCAUCAGCAAAACGCAAAAAGUGCGUUUUUUCACAGCCGCGGUGUUAGCUAACAUCGCAUCGCUAUAUAAAUGGAGCGGAAUCGUGGACGCCGCGAAAGAGGAGGACGACGACGAAAAUAUGGAGGAAGAUGCCGGGCUGUCGCUGGUGCGAGAGAUGGUUCACGGCUUCCUGCUGGACUUGUGUUGUUCCCGGAAGCACGGCAUCAGCUUCCAUGACGUCAGCUUGGGCACGGCCGGCAGGGCCGGCAACAUUGUGCUUCUUCAGUUCUUGGUGGGCCUGAAGCAGGCCACGGAAGACCAACUAGUGGGCGAGCUGGUGGUCCGGACGCUCCAGGCCAGUCCGGACGUACUGGCGCGAUAUUUCAAGGAGACGCAGUACUCGUACUCGCCCCGCCUCAAAAGCGCUUGGCGUGACAACGUCGGACUGCUCAAGAAGAUCUACGAUGCUCAGCCGGAGGUGGACGUCGUUUUCCAAAGCGGCGAGCCGCUUUCCGUGUCCCGUCUACUCGCUAUGAUCGCCGUGGUCUCGCUGCCCCCCGUCUGCAACAAGGCUUUCUUUACGCAAGGCCUCAAUUUUUCUAACACGACGGUGCAGCUGACGACCUUCACCAUGAUGAGCUUCGUCUUGAAGAAAGCGCACAAGAACGUGACCUUCCUCUCCGAGUACCGUUCCGACGCGUAUGCGCCAGAUGUGAUGGCUGACCUGCUACAGCAGUACAGAGAAAUGCUGAGCAAGAUCUUGCCAGAUAUGACCAGCAUCGUCUCAAAGUGGCAGUCACUCAGCAAGAAGGACAAAAUGGAGGUGGAAGUAAACAUGGAUGCCAAAGAUAAAGAGGACUCCUCCACUUUAUUAGCCGGCGAGACGCCCGAAGUGGUCCUGCUGAAAGCGUUAAUCCUCCAGGUCAUUUGUCUCUACCAAAAAGUGGUACCGCACUUGGUGACUCAGUGCAAAUUUGACUUCAGCAAACUCCUCAAAGGGGUCGUUUCGGAGGCCGGAGCAAAUGAGGAAGUCGCUCCUGUUCUUCAGCAUCAGAUACUGCAGUUGGCCUUGGAACUUCCCGCCGGCAAGUUUUCCUGGUUUCGUCUUCAGGAAGCCGCGGAUAACGAAGAGAAGUCGGUUCUGUAUCUGCUCCUCAAGAUGUUUGUCGGUAGCCGCUCUGCCCGACUGAAGACUUCCACCAGGAUGCUAGUUAUUAAAGUGUUAAAGGACAGCGGUGCGUUUGAGUACACUUGGCCUGAACUUGAACUCUGGCUGGAUCAGUUGGACCGCGUCAGUGUCCAUCGACAAGAGACUGUCAUCGACUUUUUGGAAAGAGCGUUGGUGAAAGCGGUGUGCCGGUCGCACGCGUACACGGAUGAAGUGGCGAGCUCGGUGCAGGAGGCGGCCUAUCAACAGGCCAACCUGAACAGCCAGGAGGGCGACGCCGCCAGCGUCUGCGUCUCCCAUAUUGACGAUGUUUUGGAUAUGCUUGAUGUGAUCAUGGAGGGCAACGAAGGCGGCGCUGAGGAGUCUGAGUCGCCGCUCAGCGAGGACCUCAUCGUCCAGACGUUCCCCUUCAGCGUGGCCGUGCCCGCCGCUCUGGAAGCCCGCAACAAACUUCCGGCAGACAAAGGAGCAGUGUCGGACUACAUGUCGACCGUUCUGUGCGACGUCCUCCACAGCCAGCGCGACCCGCUCCCGCUGUGUCUCGCCCUGUUGCGGUAUGACAAAGAACUGGCGUCUUCUCAACCGCCUGCGUCUGCUCACGUUUCCGUGGUGCUGUUUCACCGCUACUACUCAAAAUGGCUGCCGCAACAGUGUCAGGAGAAGAUGUUUGAAUCGUCAGAAUGCCAAGUGGAAAAAACACCGAAGAUGUCCUUCGCCGCCUUAAUGAAAGCCGCGUACGUAGACGGGCUAAGUAGCAUUCUGGAGGACGACUUCAGGACAAAAGCGGAGGUCGCCUUAGGUCCCAUGUCGGUAGCUGAACAUCUGCUUUCCGUCAAGCAGAUUUUACUCUACGUCAAAUCGGCAGUGGACAAUUUUGGGACGUUUUCCAAAAAUGCCGGCACAGCCGUUUUGAAGUCCUUAAUGGGAUUCCUCCGAGAUUUGGUCGUCAAACUUCAGGACUCGCAGAUUCCCUCCGACCCUGAACCCGAGCCCGAUGAAGAGAACGGCGGAGAUGAAUCUGACCUCUUCCUGGAUGUGAACCGGUCAUCCACUGCGGAGGCUGACAAAGAGAAGACGCUUCUCUCGGCGCUGGACUCCAUCUUCAAGCACCCGUAUUUGGAGCAGUGGUACCUGGCUUUAGAACUUGGCUCUCUGCCACCGCACUCCCUCAAAGUGGCCCAACUCAAGCGCAUGUGCGCUCGACUGAGCGAGGACAUCACCGCACUUUUGGAGACGUGCGCCCCCGCCCUCCGCCGAGCGGGUCGCGACCAGCUUCUGGCGCCUUACGCGAGCGCCGCAGUCAAAGCCUUGCGCGAACAGCUGUCGGAGAAUCGCGGGCGAGCUUCCGAAAAGCAGAGCGCACCUCUGCGCGCUGUCCUGUCCUUACACGGAUACGCGGAGCGUUCCCAAGUUAGAGACGCCGUGUCGGCCUUGCUGCUUCUCCCACGGGAGAAGCUCGUGACCGCGUCUGGCGAGCUCAGCGUCUACGGCAGCGCCGCGUUAGAGCUUCUCGCUGAAAAUGAAGACAGUUUGGACGAUGGCAUCAUCCCGACUAAGGCUCACCUGAACGGUUUGGGCACGCUGCUGAUGUCCUGCUCCGGCCCGGCGCCCGAGAACUUUCUCCUCCGGAUGCUUAGCAGAGAGCCAGGAAGCGCCCGAAUGGUUGACGGCGACAUUCUGGAACGUUGCCUCCGUUGUCCUCCGCGGGACUCUGUGGCCGUCCCUCGACUGCUGGUGAGCCAAUGCCCUGCGCAGCGCUUCCGCUUUGAGACGUGGUGUCUCAAGUCUGGGAACGUGGAGAAGAUGGCCGCCGCCGACGUCUACCUCCCGCUGAUCCGGGCGUAUCUGCUGGCGGCCAAGGAGGAAGAUCCCGCAACGCCCAAAGAUGUGCAACAAGAGGUGGUAAAGGCCCUAAAGGAGAAAUUCCUAGCCAAGCUGAUCCGGUCUUCUCUCCGAGACACCAUGGAAGACGCGACAUCGGUGGAAACGCUCGCUCUUCUGAUCGCGCUUUCCGCCGACGUGGAAGAAAUGGCCGACUUGAUGGACGAGCUGCCGGACGUCCUCCAGCAAGCGGACACUUUUCACAGGUGGCAGUUGGCAGACGUCGUCGCAGAGAAGCUUUCCGACCGUCCGGAAGAAGGACUGGCAUGGAGGAGGAAGGUGACGGCGUCCGCCCUCAGGCGUCCGAUGCCUCGUCACCCCGACGGCACCGAUGACGGAGCCGCCUCGAGCGGCACCGUCAUGGAAAGGCUGCGGAAAUUCAUUACGUCCAGCGAGGAUGUCGCCGCAGCGGACUGGAACGCUUUUGUCAAAAAUGGCCUCAAGUACCGCUACCGAGACGAGCUUUUCCUCAACACCCUCAGAAGCCUUUUGGACGUGAUUUACCCCGCGGCCGACGGUUUCAUCCCAUUAGCAGGCAUCCACGUGAUGACCAGCGGCCACUCCUUGUUCUUGCCCACCAUGUUGGAAGCCAACCACCACUGUGCCAAAGAGGCCUUGGUGUCGCUGCUCCUCUGCCUGGUGAGGAAAUGUCCGUCGGUGUGCGACGUCAAUCAUUUCUUAGUACUUUUGGGAGCUUACGGAGCCACGCUCAGCAAUACGGAUCAGACUUUACUGCUGCUGCUUCAGGAAUACGAAAAGAACCAAAUUAGUCUUCUUCACUUUCAGUCCAUCAUGUGGGGUCCCGCAGCUGUGGAGCACCACAAAACCAGGAAGAGCUUGGGAUCUUCUCUGUGGAAGCAGACCCACGCGGAUGACCUUUUGGCUUUGUUGGAUGCCGACAAGAUGCUUCGGACCAUCGAGCGCUUUCCUCAGCAUCGCAAGAUUAUCCCGCAGGCCGACAAAGCUCAGCUGUUCUCCGAGGAAGCUCGGAAAGACCUCAGCGAUUUGUACGACCCGGCCUUCCUCCUUCCUCUAUUCGGCGCCGUCCUCCGACCGGAGUCGGCGGUGGACUGCUUGAAAUUCGUCAAGGCGAACGCUUUGGGGCUGACGGCGGCGGCGCUGAGCAGCUACGACGCCAAGAUGAGAGCGGCGGCCUACCACGUGCUAGGUUGCUUCUACCAACACCUGGAGGCGGCGCGCUUUCGAGAGAAGAGACAGCUGCUGUAUCUAUUGGACACGGUGAAGAACGGAGUUCGGCAGCCCAAUCGGCGCCUUCCUUUUAUCCUGACCACGUACAUCAGCAAAGUGGCUCAGCAAAUGCUCAAACCUGAGGACUACAUGUACCUGGUUCUCAACCGCUUCCUGCUGUCCCAUCAGAGUUUGGACAUGAGGAGGGUUCCCGAGUUCUUCAAGCUCUUCUACAGCUUCGACCUGGAGCACAAGACUGAACGAGAGUGGAUCCUCAACGUGCUGGAGGAAGGAAUAAGUGACAGCUACUGCUACGACGUCUGCAACCAGCAAGGCAUUUUUCACAUCCUGCUGGCUUUUGCCGGAGGACCUUUAUGUGACGACCAAGCGCAGGAGCAGAUCAUCAGGGUGUUGCGUCAAACGGCGCGUGUUACCAAAGCGGCGUAUGACCUCUGCAAGAGCUGUGGCCUUCUGACGUGGAUGAUCCAUAUGCUUGAAAAAAGGAACCUUGGCCAACAUUUGCUGGGCUCCAUCAUAGAUCUUCUCCAAACGCUCUGGUUGACCAACCUCGGGAAGAAGGAGAAGCGCGCUGACAGAUCGGGACAAGACUCGGUCAAAUGUCUUCCGCUCACGCUCAUUAACGAAUUCUUAUGCGUGGCUUUGAGCGUCAUCCGCCGCUUGAGGUCCGGCGUGAAGGCGUCCCACCUGACCGCAUUUUUACGCACCCUCGCUUCUGUACUCAAGCACCGAGAGAGCGCGCUGGGCGCCGCCGACGGCGCCAGGCGGAUGACGCUGCAAGCUCAGCCGUUGUCGUCUGCGGAGGUUCUGGCUCUGAUGCGGUGCUGGAGCACCGCAUCUGGCCGCAUCGCCCUUCUGGGCCAGAUACAGGCCUUGUGUGAAAAGCACAAAGUCAAGGAAUUGUUGGGUGGCUCCGUGAAGGACAGAACGCAAAGUAAAUCCGGCGCAAGAAAGGAAAAACUCUCAGAAGACGGGGAAGAAAGUCAGCAGCAGCUCCUAAACGAGUGUCGGUCAUCUCUCGCCGACAUCUUGUGGCACUGGCGACCCGAGACAGUUCCCGCGGAUGUUCCCGCUCCGUUAGCCGCGGAAACAGCCCACCUUCUCGUCAAGCGGUCCCUCGGAUGGCUUCUGGAGGACUCGUACCAGGAAGAACGCACCAGAACCUUCUUGCGCUGGUUCGAAGAAAGCGUGAUGGCACACGGAGAGUUGACGGAUGCGCUUUUCGAAGAUCCCGGGGUAAAAGCGGACGCGCUUCGGCUCUACAACCUGGCCUGCCGCGGGGCCAGAGGAGGAACUUUCCGCCAGUUCACGGACAUCAUGACACGCUUGCUGGAGAGGCGAGGACAUCUCCCCGAGAUUCACCGGGCGGUCGUUUCCGCUUGCCGUCCGGGAAACGACCGAGAGGCGUCCAGAUGCGAUGCAGGCCUGUCUCUGUUGUCUUUGUACAUCCACGAGGUGUGGAGCGGAGCCCAUUCGCCACAACUCUUCCUGUCGCACAUCGCCACGGUGACCGCAACCGGGCGGAAAGGUCACCCUUCGGCCGUCCGAGCCGUCUGUCGGGACAUUUUAGCCACCGAGACGUGA